CUGCAAACUCGUAGCCCAAUCAGUUUAUCUUCUCAUCACGAUUAGACACACACUAUCAUCAUGCCUGCCAAAGCAGUUAGCGGAAAAGGAGCGAAGAAGGCCGGUAAGGCAAAGGCCAGCCGUGCAACUGACGGAAAGAAGAGGAGGAAGCGCCGAAAGGAAAGCUACGGAAUCUACAUCUACAAAGUUCUGAAGCAGGUUCAUCCCGAUACUGGUAUCUCCAGCCGUGCCAUGUCCAUCAUGAACAGCUUCGUCAACGAUGUCUUCGAGCGCAUUGCCGGUGAGGCUUCCCGUCUUGCCCAAUACAACAAGAAGUCCACCAUCAGCAGCCGUGAGGUCCAGACCGCUGUCAGACUCCUCCUCCCCGGAGAACUCGCCAAGCACGCCGUCUCUGAGGGCACCAAGGCUGUCACCAAGUACACCACCUCCAAGUAAAUUGGUUAUCAACGCCAUA